AGAAGAUAGUUCGUGCUAGUAGAUUUGUUGGUGUUAGAGCAAAUUCCUAGCAGUUCGUCCUAUAUACAAAGUCCUUGCACGAACAACUUUAUAUAUAUUUGCUACUGUCAUGGAUGCUGAGUUGAAUAUAUUGGCGCUUUCGUCUGAUCAGAUCGGAUCUAUCAAUCAAGUUCCAACAAAGGAGGAUUCGGAGGGUCUUUCUGAGGCAGAACAAGACCUAAAGAGUUUGAAAGAUGAUGCACCAAAUGAUGAUCUUCCUGUUGGUCCUUUGAUUAAGAAGUGUUGUACGAUGGAUCAGGGUAAAUCAGCCAAUCGUAUCAUCAUCGUCGCAGCAGUGUGGCUGCUGCUGCUAUUCACUUACUCUGGAGCGACUCCGAUAUUGACCAUUCAAAGUCCAGAUGGCGACAGUAUCGAUUGCCUCGACAGAAUGGACCAACCAUCCCUGCAAAAUCCCCUCCUGAAAAACCACGUCAUUCAGGAAACCCCGAGCCAUAUGGUGAAGACAGAGGAAGGCUUUGGUUGGCAGGUUUGGCACAGCGGCGGAACAGCAUGCCCACGUGGAACGAUCCCUGUAAGGAGGUUCGAAACAAACGUCUCACAUUCCAAAAACAAUCCUGAUGCCGCCGACCGAGCUACGAGAGGACAUCAGUAUGCUAUCGCACAGAUGCAAAAUCAAUCAUUUUAUGGAACGAAAGCGACGCUCAAUGUCUGGAGUCCAGUCGUAGAAUCGCCGGACGAUUUCAGCUUGGCACAAAUUUGGCUUGUGUCCGGACAUUAUCAAACCAACGACAUCAACACGGUUGAGGCGGGUUGGCAGGUUUUUCCCAACCGAUAUCAUGAUCGCCAGUCACGAUUAUUUACUUAUUGGACGAGAGAUGCAUAUGUACGUACUGGGUGCUACAGCACUCAUUGUGUUGGAUUUGUUCACGUCAGUAGCACCAUUGCACUUGAGGCUGCGAUUGCUCCGACUUCAACAUUUGGAGGCGAUCAGUUCGACAUCACACUUCAAAUUUGGAAGGAUGGAUCCAUUUUCGGGGAACUGGUGGUUGGGUAUGGGCGUGAAUAUCGUGCCGAUUGGAUAUUAGUAUUCACGACUCUAUCCGAUCACGCCACUACGAUCCAAUGGGGUGGCGAAGUGUUAUACCGCAACACUUCCGGUAUGAACACGACAACCCAGAUGGGUUCCGGGAGAUUUCCAGAUGAAGGCUUUAGGAAGGCAGCCUACUUCUGCAACAUCCAGAUAGCCCAGGAGAAUCGGACGUUCCUGCCGCUUCAGGACUUCAACUUCACUAUGGGAGACACUCAGAGGGACUCUUACACGAUUAAGAAGGCUCACAACCAAGCCUGCGGGACCCACUUCUACUACGGCGGACCAGGCCCAUUGCGCUCGGCAUCGGACCGCGUUUCUUUUACUUUCUUGCUUUUCUCUUUUUCGUUUUUUGUUUUCGUUGUUUAAUUUUAGAUAAACCUCUAGAUGUUAUAAUAUUAAUUGCGAAUAUAAACAAACCUCUAUUUAUAUUAUGUGUAGUUUCAAGAAAUCUCAAACUUAUCUAAUCCAUUUUAUUUUACUA